UCUGACAAUUUCGGACACCAUCUGCCCUCGGGCCGACGGGGUGUAAUGGUUCUUGGGUUUGGGAAACUGCUCACUAAAUACUGGGACACUGAGCAGGGGAGUGACACGCGACAUUUGAAAGAGGGUUUUGGAGAAAUGCAGGAAGUUACCACCGAUGCAUAAACCGGUGCGACGCAUUAAUUAGAGAGGUUUAUUAGGCUGAAAAUGAACUGGAUUAAUGAAUGAAAACAGAUAAUUAGUGAGUUUUUCAAGGGGAGUUGAUUGACUCCCUAACUUUUCAGAACAAUUUCAUAAAAGUUAAGCUUUGGGACCAGAGGCAGAAUCCUGAAAUGGAUGAGUCAACCUAGUAUUUCUUGGACCUAUGAGCAUCAGAGGCUGGAGGGGGGGUGGUCUUCCCGUUCACAUGCGCACACACAGAGACAUGAGCACACUGAGAUACUGGCUCACAUAAACCCGGGGCACACGUAAACUUGGGGCACACAUAAACUUGGGGUACAUGUAAAUUUGGGGUACACAUAAAUUUAGACACUAUGAUGAUGUAUUAAAAUUACUAAAUUCAGAUUGGGAGUAAUUUUCCGCAAAUGAGAAAACAUAUAAUUGACAGGUGCCAAGUACAGACACAGUAGGGGAAAGACAGAUGUUCCAUGCUUUUCGGGGCCCAGCACCCGAACCCCCUCCUGGAGCCCUGGUGGCAGGCAAAGCCCGGGGGACAGCCUCCCUGCUUCGGCUGCAGCUAAGGCACCUGAACACCACCUGCGCUCAGACCCGCUUGCCCGAGACCCGGGGUGAAGAGCUUGUGGCCCAGAGGGGUGAAAACUGGGGGGGCCCUCUCUGGGGGCGGAGCAGUGGCGCUGAGGCCAAGAGGCCAGGGCAGCAGGAGCUGUACCAGGGAGAGGGUGAGGCCCAUGCAGAGGUGUCUCGCGCUUGGUGGGGGCAGUGUGCGCCUCAGCUCGGUCUGACGGCGUGAUUUGGGGCAUCUUGCUUGGCUGUAGCCCCAGACACGGUUCUCCAGGCCCCCAGCGACUCUGUGAGCUAGCCCCUAAUCCUCUCAAUAAACCCCCCAUUGCUUACGUCAGCUGGGGCAGUUCCUGCUGCUUUUAAGGGAGCCUCUUGAGAGGGGCGAGUGCCAGCUGUGGGGGCUGGGACAACAGGUCCCACACGUUGUCUCAUGGCACUUUAAGAGGGGGUCACACAAAACUGGGCACAGCUAGUCAAUGGCACACAGCUUACUUCUUCGUUGUGCCAGAGGCAGUUACUGUUCGCUCCUUUCUCUUGUCCCCAUGUGAAGGCACCGCCUUCUGCUUCCUAGUUUCCAGCAGUGACUGGCCCGGCACCAGGCACAUGGGAGGUGCCCGGGACAGCAAGGGUGGCUCCAGAAACUUAAAAUACAGCUGCCCACCGAACAGCACUCCGACCUGCGCUACGUGAAAACCAAACCUCGUCCAGGUCAGGUAACGCUGCGAGGGUUUGUGAAAUCUAAAUAAUAACAAUUACCAUACGGACGUUGAGAAAUGUACUCUGGGCUAAAAUCUCAACUUCAAGUGAGGCAACUGGGUUACAAUGUUUACGCAAUUUCAAAAAGUUCCCGAUUAUGGUUCCUUAAUAAGACUUCCUCUCUUCAGUUCUUCCGUUCCAAAACGAGAGAAGAAAAAAGCCAGGGGCCACCACACACACACGCGCACACACACACAUGCACACGCACACGCGCGCGCGCACUCGGAAAUGGAGGCCAUGGAUGCAGGCAAGAUCACUCUCGGUCUGGAACUCGGUCUGAUUCUGUUUUAUGUCGGUGCGGCAGGCAACUGCACGGUCUCUGUGUCGCAGCCGCCCGUCCUGGAGGUGGACUACACGCAGGGGGCCGUGACCGUGCCCUGCUCCUUCUCCACCACGGGGUGUCCCUCCCAGCCGCCCACCAGCCUGUGGUUCCGCCUCGGCGCUCAGCAGCUGGAGAGCCUCUGCUCGGACGGGUGCCAGAGCGAGGCGGACAAGUUCACGGUGAGGACGGAUCUGGCACACAGCCAGGUCUCCCUCACAGUCAACAGGGUGACGGCCAAUGACAGCGCCAUCUACAUCUGUGGGAUAGCUGUAACCAGUUCGAAGGCGCCGCAGGCCAAACGGGCUGGAGAAGGGACGGUGCUGGUGGUGAGAGGUCCGUGGGCCCCGGCGUCCCCAACACGGCGCCCUGACCGUGACGCGCACAGUGACAGAGAACGGUGCCAGCUCGCUGCCCCAGCACCCCCUGUGAGCCCCCUCCUCAGCCUCCUCGGCCAGGGCCACGCCCGGGGCCGGCUCCCUGCCAUGCCCAGGCGUCACGUGUGCCCAGGCGUCACGCGUGCGGGGCCAACCGUGCACUCCUCCUGUCCACUACGGGGAGCGGUGUGUCACGUGGAGGCCGAAGGGGGGCAUGUGGCACUGUUGGCACUCUCCAGAGCGAGCCAGUACCAUACCAUCCAGAACAAAGUGGUGGAGGGGCAUUGGGGUCAAUAAAUUGGACCCAGAAAAAAACAUGCAUUAUCGAGAAUAAACACGAAUUUGGGGAGAAGCUAUGGGGGUUGGGGCGGGGAUCCCUGACCCCACCACUGCAUGGACAGGAGAGAGAGAGAUCGGUGUGACUCUGGCUUCUUGAGAUUUGUGAAAACUCAAGACAAUUUCCUCAUUCAGGUGAGGACAGUGAACCUAGCUAAGUCCUAUAAAUUGAAGAAUUUCAGAAAAAAAGCGUCACAUGGUUCUGGGGUCAGGAGAGCGGGCAGUAAGGCCUUGGCCUCUUCGUCUCCUCCCUUAAGGACUGCUGGGAUCGGUAAAACGAGGCCUCAAGCCGGGCCAGCCCAGCAGCCCUCCCGGCAGGACCUGGGGCCGAGCGCUGCCCUCGCGACCCCCGCUCGUGAUUCCUGGGGUGUGCUACGGCUUGGCCGUCCAUUCCCAUGAGCCCUUAGUUUACUCUCGCCUGUCAGGAUAAACUGUAAACGAGCUAACGCACAGCGCAUUUUGACUGGCACCCGCCUUACAGCAAGUGCUCAGUCAAUACCCGUGAGCCGCAGAUACUAAAACAAGCACGCGACAACCGCCGGGCUACAAUGUGGCCCUGACGAACACACGGGAAAACAGCUUCACUCCGCAGCAGGCUCUCAGAGACCGCUGUCCAUCAUUUCUACCAAAAACGAUGUUAAGUGCCCUUGAACAAACUGUUUUGAACUGUUCCCCUAACUUAAAGUAACGCUUUAUAUAAACAGUGAUCCUUAGCAUCAUGACAAGUAAUUGAAGUUUUUUUCAAUUAAUUUUAAAAACGAGUGACCUUUCCAGUGUGAUACAUCUAAAGAACUGAUGAGCUGGCUUUAACGAUGUCAUACACGUGGGUGUGUUCUAGAUCAGGAGACCCCGAAUGACUUUUAGGCAAGCAGCCCAGCUGGGCGUGACCCCUUUCCGCCUCUAGCCCCUGGCUUCAGCCACGCCCUGCAGGUAGGCGCAGUGACAGUGACCGUGGCGUUUCUGUUUUGGUGCAAAUGAAGGGACGAGGGUUCUCGGCAAGGAAGUGCGGUGGCUCCUGACCGCCCUCACGUCGCUGCUCUCCAUCUACCUCGUCGGGCUGGUGGUGGUCUUCUCGGUCCUCUCUGCGGUAAGUGGGACUUCCGUGCAGGGCAUGUCCCCAUGGUCUUGCGCAUCAGCAGAAGGAAAUAACCACCAGCUCCCAGCACGCGAGCCUGGGCAACAGCUCCCGCCCAGCGAGCAUGCUCCUGCGCAUAGGCAGAUGUCUGCAGCAGACGGCAUGCAUUUUCAUCCCU